AGAAGAAGAAGCAGAAGCAGUAGAAGAAGAGAAGGAGGAGGAAGAAGCAGAACAACAAAAACGAAAACAGCUAAAUCAGGAAAUUAGCAUGGCUGCCGACAGCGAACCCGAGUCGGAGGUCUUUGAGAUCACCGACUUCACAACAGCGUCAGAGUGGGAACGGUUUGUGUCCAGAGUGGAGGAGGUGCUGAAUGACUGGAAGCUGAUUGGGAACUCAGCAGGAAACCAGUCCCUGGAAAAGGGUGAAUACACCAGAGGCACCUGGGGGGAAAAGUCUCAGGAAAUAAAUUUUGCGGACUUUAAGUUCCUCAUAACUCACCACUUCCUGAAAAAAGAACGUGAGAAGUACACUGGGAAGGACAAGAUUGAGGAAGAUGCCUUCCCCUUGGCAAUGGAGGACCUUCUGUGUAUGAACAAUGAUUUCCCGCCUCGAGCCCACUGCCUGGUCAGAUGGUAUGGGAUACGAGAAUUUGUGGUCAUUACUCCUGGCACCAACUGUGAGGCCAUCGUCAGUGAGUCAAAAUGCAAUCUUCUCCUGAGUUCCAUCGCCAUUUCUCUGGCCAACAGUGGCUGCCAGGUCCCCAUAUUUGUUCAGAUCCAGCAGAAGUGGAGACGGAUGUAUGCUGGAGAGUGCCAAGGGCCAGGGGUGCGCACUGACUUUGAGAUGGUCCACCUCCGGAAGGUGCCAAGUCAGUAUAACCACCUGUCUGGCCUGCUUGAUAUCUUCAAGUCUAAAAUAGGUUGCAACCAGUCCCCUCUACCUCCAGUCAACAUUGCGAUCCGUUUUACCUACAUUCUCCAGGACUGGCAGCAGUAUUUGUGGCCACAGCAGCCUCCAGACUUUGACACACUUCUUGGAGGUGAAGUGGGAGGAGUGGAGUUUGGUAGACUUCCUUUUGGAGCCUGCGAGGAGCCAAUCAGUGAACUUCAUCUUGCAACCACUUGGCCUCAUCUAACAGAAGGCAUAGUUGUGGAUAAUGAAGUCUACAGUGACCUUGACCCUCUCCAAGCUCCUCACUGGUCGGUUCGAGUCAGGACUGCUGAAAACCCUCAAUGUUUACUGGGUGACUUACUGACAGAGUUCUUGAAGCUCUCCUUUAGGAAGGAGUCUACAGAGGACAUUCUUGGAAGAAGAUUGGUUGAAGAUGAGGGCAAAGAAAAUAGUGACGUCAGCACUGCUUUAUCCAAGCUGACAGAGCCAGCAGCAACAGUGCCUAUCUCUAAACUAUCUGUCUCCAAUAUGGUGCACAGCGCCCGAAAGCACAUCCGACGACGAAGACAUGAUGAUGAGUCACAACUGAACACUGAUAUACUCAACUCUGUCCUUCUGUAUCUCUUCCCAGAUGCUGCUGUGGAGAGAUCAUCAGAGAACUGCAAAAAUAAAGCUGCACAGGCAAACUCCUGUAAGAAGGCCGAGCAAGAUAAAAACUCAGUGUGUAACCUUUUCCUCCAGCUAAAGUCAGCACCCAUUGAUAGUCUGACCUACCGACUAGCACUGUGUCUGUGUUUGGCAAACUACAAUUAUGGUGGGUUGCGGGCUGUUGCCCACCUCUGGCAGGAAUUUGUCCUAGAGUUGCGCUACCGUUGGGAAAACAACCACCUCAUUUAUGGACUGGCUGUAGGACCUCCUGAUCUUCGCUGUUGUCUUUUGCAUCAGAAGCUACAGAUGCUGAACUGCUGCAUUGAGAGAAAGAGGGCCAGAGAUGAAGCUCGCAAGGUGCUGGAGGCAAACAAAGAACGAGAGUGCAGGGGGUCUGGUGCCUACCAGAACAGCUUUCCUGUACCGGAGUCAACAACAACAGCAUCCACCUCAACAAGGGAAAUGUCUCUGGGAAAAUCCUGGGACUCUUGGAGCGACAGUGAGGAGGAAUUCUAUGAGUGUCUGAGUGACCAAGGGGAGGUAGAAGCACCAUAUACUGAAAAAAAAAAGGAUGGAAGCAAAAGUAAAGCAGAGGGCAGACUCCACCCCUUUAACAACAUGACUCUACUCAACUCACCAGAUCCUCUCUAUAUUCCUCUCACACAGGAACCUGCUCCCAUGACAGAGGAUAUGUUAGAGGAGCAGUCAGAAGUACUGGCCAAACUAGGUACAUCAGCUGAAGGUACCCACCUUCGUGCCCGGAUGCAGAGUGCCUGUCUACUCUCUGACAUGGAGUCCUUUAAGGCAGCCAAUCCAGGCUGUGUUCUGGAGGACUUUGUGCGCUGGUAUUCACCAAGGGAUUACAUAGAGGAGGAGGAAAUCGAUGAGAAGGGUAACACAGUGGUGAAAGGGGAUCUUAGUGCCAGGAUGAAGAUCCCAGACAACAUGUGGGCAGAGACUUGGGAGACAGCCAGGAUUAUACCUGCACGCCGCCAGAGAAGGCUUUUUGAUGACACUAAGGAAGGCGAGAAGGUUCUGCAUUAUUUGGCUAUACAGAAACCUGCUGACCUUACACACCAUCUCCUGCCCUGCAUACUCCAUGCUGCUAUUCUGAAGUUGAAGGAGGAGGAAUUAGAAGAAGACAUUCCAUCGGUAAAAAAAAGCAUUCAGCAAGCUACAUCUCAAGCCAACAAACUGCUGCAGCCCCACAUCCAUGACAACAAGAAGUUAGAGGAUUUCAUCAACCAGUUGAUGACCAUCGAAGCAGUCAUCACACAAGUUCGGUCACUAAAGGCCAAGUUUGCCGUCAAUGAGGGUGAGAGUGAAGAGGACACAGCUGAACUAGAAAAGUUUGUGAGCUCCCUCCUGGAAGAACCUGAGGUUGUAGUCCGUGGAGCUGGCCAGGGGCCAGCUGGCAGCAUCAUCCACAGACUCUUUGUCAGCGCUCAGAGGCUGACUGAAUUCACCAGUGAUGAGGCUACCCUCCUAACACCACUGGACGAAGAUUUGGGAAAUGUCAGGAAGCCAAAUGGAGUAAGCAACAAAGUGCCUGACUUCCCUUCUCCGGCAGGCAGGGAGAUUCUGUUGCGUACAUGUGUCCCUCGGCCAGCACCGUAUUCCAAAGCUCUGCCUCAGCGGCUCUUCUGUGUGUUGUUGAAGGAUGAGUUCAGAUUGGCAGGGGCUUUCUCUUCAGACACUUCCUUCUUCUAAGAUGAAAUACUGUUUCACUGUAUUUCAUCUCAAACCAUGUCCCAUUUGGUCAUUGUAAUCUGCACCUUGCAGCCAGAAAUAAAAGAUCAAUGAAAGACAAAAGGUGGAAUAUUGGAAUUAUUAAUUUUGUUAGUCCUCUGUGGAGUCAUGAGUACACAAUUGCAAGUAUCAAGUAUUAUUUAUACAGAGAGCUUAAAAGAAGGUCGAAAUAAAGUUUUACUUUGCAUUUGUUGAUGGAAGGGCAGUGGUAAGAGAGUGGUAGGCAAUGUGACCGGAAAUGUUCCUGAGCCACAUUGAAAAGACAGCAUACUCAGCUGAUGUCCUCUGGCCCACAACGGUUUCACCAUGAAGCAGAAGUAUUUUUACACUUCUCUGUGGCCAUUUAUUUGUAGACACCACUAAAUUAUAUUAACACUGACCAAUUAUAAUGAUUUUCUUUUAUUGGGUCAAAUGAGUGACUUUUUAUUAAAACAUAUAGCCACUUAGUGCGAUGACACACACACUUACAACUGACACAUCUAUAUUGUUAGACUGCUUAAAAACAAUAUUUUGUCAUUACAAACGGAAACGAAAAAAUUGUGUAAUAAAUUACUGGCCGCAAUCAUAUCCCAAUUUUAUACUAUAUUUAAUUGUCUUACAAUAAAAAUGUAUUAUGUAUAUGAUAUAAAACUAAAUACAGAAUUCAAUAAAGGUGCGCCAUAAAGCAUUUCAAAAAUAUCCUUUGUUUCACCUUCAGGGCUUAUUCUUUGAAAAUUUCUCCCAUUAAGUUCUGUAUUGACACGUCAGCCAUAGCUUCCUCUGGUGUCCUUUUUAUAUUAGAUUUGUAAAACAUUGUGGACAUAAUGCCAAGUAUAACAAUAACGUAAAUCAUCUUCAUAUCAGGUUCUAUCCUUGUGUUAAGAUCCACAUUUAGGGUUGAUCCCACUUGAUGAUGUGCUGAUGGCAUUUCUGUACUGUUUUAUAGGAUUUAGAAGUUGCUGAUUUCUUUUUGCUCAUAAUUUUGUGUUGUAAAUGUAUGAGUGCAAUCCAAAAUCAGUAACAUCCUGCUCAUAUUUACAAUUGCAUCAUUAAUAUUUACUUGUCGCAGCAAAAGCCAAGUGAUCACCCAAAAGUUUUGUAUUGAUUUCAAUUAAUUUCACAGAAUAAUUGUUGCCCUGUUAACUGAUGGUAAAUGGUUCUGUGCAAGUUACAAGAGAUUAAAGAAAUAUGUGUAUGUUGGCAAUGGGUGCACAGUACAUUGUUGUUAAAUGUAAAUAAAUGCUGUACUCCUGUCUCAA